AUGGCUGCCUCAAAUGGAUUCAUGCAUAACUUAUCUAUGGCUGCCUGCGAAUGGUUCUUGAUGUUUCUAAUGUUUAUCGAUGCUGCGUUGGGUUUUAUCCUCACAAAGUUCGCUCAUCAUUGUGAACUACAAACGCCUUGCCUGUUUUGCAUGAGGCUUGACCAUGUUUUCAGUAACGAAAACCCUGGAUCCUAUCUAAGCUUGUUCUGCUAUCAUCAUCGAGCAGAGAUUUCAUGUUUGAUAUCUUGUGACCUUCAUGAGAAGCUUGUGGAUGUCCGUGAACUAUGUGAUGAUUGUUUCAUGUCAAUAAUGAACCGAAACCAGUGUAGCCAUGGAUCUUCCAAGGGUAAAAUGGGAAUCAAAGGGUUUCAAAAGCCAUUUCUGAACCGGAACCUUGUUCGUGGGCCUUCAAAUUCAGGAACCUGUUCAUGUUGUAAAAGACAUUGGAAUGGAAAACCAAGUUCCAGAAGAUUAAUCCAACCAGGUCCAGCUCCAUUGGGUGGUGGGCCCACAGUCACCAUGAAACCACCAUUGCCAAGGAUUGCAGGCCACAGCCGCUAUCGUCGCCGGAAUGUUUUCAAGAGGGAUGGUGAUAGAAUUUCAGGCGCCUCCACUCCUUGUCAUGUUGAAGAUAGUCUCAGUGUGGACACUGAUUUGGACUUGGAUGCUUUAUCUGAUUUCGGUUGUGCUGAUUAUAGGUUGAAUUCCGAUUCCGACUCUGAGUUCUCGUUUUAUGAAGAGGAUGACACUUUGAAACCUGAAGUUCUUGGAAGAAAAGCAGAUUCCGGAGAUGAUUCUUCUGUUAGAAAAGGUGAUUCCAGGGACGAUUCUUCUGUUAGAAAAGGGGAUUCCAGGGAUGAAUGUAUUGUUAGAAAAGGGGAUUCCGGGGAUGAAUCUAGUGUUAGAAAAGGGGAUUCCGUGGUUCGAACAAAACCUUCAUCUUUGAAAUCCGAUGUUUCAAUUGAAGAAAUCAAGUCUAGGUCUAUUUCUAUAACAUCGAGGGGACAAGAUGUGAAUGUGAAUACUACUCAUGUUGAUGAUGUGAAAGAAAACGGUUCUAUUCAUGAUAAAUCAUUAAAAUCGGAUAAAAUUCUUGAUCAUGAGUCAGAUGGAUAUGAAUCUCCGGAUGCAAGCAAUGUUAGUGAAUAUAAGGGUGAAGGUGUUGUGGAAAAGCUAAAACGACAGGUGGAGGGUGACCAACAACGGUUGCAUUUAUUACAUAAGGAACUAGAAGAAGAAAGAAAUGCUGCAGCCAUAGCAGCAGAUGAGGCCAUGGCCAUGAUCACAAGGUUGCAGGAAGAGAAAUCAUCUUUGCAUAUGGAGGCUUUGCAGUAUUUGAGAAUGAUGGAUGAACAAGCAGAGUAUGAUAUGGAAGCUCUAGACAAGGCUAAUGAUCUCAUUGCUGAUAAAGAUAAAGAAAUUCAAGAUUUGGAAGCUGAGUUGGAGUAUUUCAGAAGCCGAUAUGAAGAUGAGUUAAUGGGGAACAACACCAUGGUUGAAACCCAAACCCAAAAUCAUAUAAAAAAUGGGAACUCAAAGUCUCCUGCUUUAGGGCUUGAAGAUGAGAAAAAAUACAUUUUACAGAGUUUAUCAGAGUUAGAGAAAAAGUUUAUGUCGAAUGGUAAUGUAGAAAGGGUAAAAAAGGAAGAUGAAAACGGGAGACAUAUGUCGAAUGGAUUUGACGUUAGUACCCUUGAGAGUGAAAUUUUGGAACUUAACGAGAGGUUGAAAGCACUUGAGGCUGAUAAGAGUUUUAUUGAGCAUGCGUUUAAUACCCUUACCCUUCAAAGUUUCAAUUUGAUCAUACAACAUAGAAGAUGCCAAUCUGUUGCUUCAAGAUGUCAAUCCUUCAACAAGAUUAAGACGCAUGCUUGCUCUAAAGGCUUAAAUUAUCAAGAAUCAACACAAAAAAGAGCAGUGGAGAAUGGUGAAUUGCCAUCAAGAAAAAGUUGGAACCAAGUUAGGAAAGCCUUUACCUUGUUCAGUGUUCCAUUCAGCUUCAUUCAAUUUUGCAUUGUAUAUCUAGAUAGAAUCAAUCACAUAAAAUUAGUCACUCAAUUAGCUGAAACCCUAAACACCAUGACUGCCGAAACUCCUUCUUCUUCAUCCAUGACAAUCGAUGACAAUUCUUCCCCCUCUGUUGUUCAAAAAUUCUCUCUCAAAAAAUCACCAUCAUCUCUCACCCUAGUUCAAUUCCCACAUUCUCUUAGAUUGUCAUCUACCAACUACAUGAGUUGGAAAACACAGAUUGAAGUUCUCCUUCACGGAUUGGAUCUCUACAGAUUCAUUGAUGACACCAAUCCUCCACUAAAACCCAGUAUCACAGAUGGUGUCUCCACUCCUCACGUUGAUCACCAAACUUGGUUUUGCCAGGACACAUUGCUCUUUGGUGCUCUUGUUGGCACUCUUUCCCCAUCCAUCGUUCCCUUAAUCACUAAUGCCUCUUCUUCCUUAGAGGCAUGGAACAUUCUUUCCAACACAUAUGCAAUCCAUCCCAUGGCCAUAUCAAACAACUACAACAUCGGUUAA